GCUGGCUACGGGUGGAGCUGGACUGGCCCAUUCCCAAAAGGGGGUGUCCUCCUCUUCCUCUGGCCAUGGUGGGUCUGUAUCAGUGUGUUACCUGUGUGGGACAGAGCUAGGGGUCGGGGGGGAGUUCCAACUCCAUGUCAACCCUCCUGGGCGCUGUGGAGAGAGGGAGCCCUUCUUUCCCUUCCUCACCAUCCACCCUCCCUGCUCCCCAAGCCAAACCUGCCGACGCCACCGGUCUGGUGUCAGCCUGUGCCCUCUGCUAUCACGACCUGCAUGCCCAGUGGGCUCAACAUGAGAGCCAGGGUUCUGCCACCUCCAGCUCUACAGCCCCAGGCCCAGCCUCCUCCACCCCCCAGCCGGCCAGCUCUCCCUGGGCCAGACAGUACAGCUGCGAGGCCUUUGUGUGCUUCUUCUGCAGACAGGAGCAGAGGCGUCAGGGGGGGCUGUGUGCGGUCACGGUGGCCAGGCUGCCUGUGUUCCUGUACGCCCCACGCGGGCACCGCACCCUUCUCGUGGAUGAUGGGAGGAAGCUGGUGAUUGGCUCGUGUGUGGAAUGUAAGUCCAUGGUGCUGGCGGGACAGAGCAUGCAGCAGGAGAGAGACCGGGACGGGGAGGGACAGGGAGACGGGAGGACAGAGUCACCUCCCCCUACAUCACGCCCCAGACACAAGACAUCCAGUGUGAUUGAGGGCGUGGCCAGAGUCAGCAAGGAGGCGGAUUCUGCCGUACGUGCAUCAGCAGUGAGCGAAUCUCAAUCAACGGAAUCUGGGGUUGGCCACAACCCUUCUCUACCUCCCACCCUGGAGCCAGAGAGAGGAGACCGCCCACGUUCCAGCAUGAGCCAUGAGCCAAAGUCACCUUCCUUAGGAAUGAUAUCCACGGCAACACGCACCACGGCGACGGUCAGCCCCCUCACCCCGUCGCCCCUUAACGGAUCUAUCGUAGCCAAUGGGAGCCCGGCGGCCCAGUCUGCACACUCCGGAUUCGCCGCCGCCCUCCGUAAACUGGCCAAACAGGCCGAGGAUCCUCGAGCUGGCUCGUCCAUCAGUAGUGAGUCGUCUCCGGUCUCGUCCCCAGCCACCAACCACAGUUCUCCGGUGACCACACCCAAGAGAGGCCCCCUGGGCCCAGGGCCUGUCCUGGUGCCACCUGGGGGCCACAGUGUGCCAAGCACCCCGCCCGUCGUCACCAUCGCCCCCACCAAGACCAGCAACGGCCUCUGGAGGAGCGAGGCACGCCAGGCUGACUCGGGCCCUCGUGGGAUCAGUAGGGAGCGUCUGGGAGCAGAGGUGCCCCACCAGCAGGAGAAAGGUGGCCCCUCAGUCCCUGCUCACCUCAUAGGAAACCCCUAUGCCUUUGGCCUGAGCCCCGGUGCUGUCAUGCAGGACGCACGCUUCCAGCCCCUCAAUCUGCCCAGGCAGCUACCCCAUGGAGUGCCCCCUGGUGGUGUACCAGAGGAGUACCUGCGGGGGUUCCGCCCCUACGCCACGGCCGAGGACCUCCGCAUGCCUUCUGGACUGCCCCUGGGCCUGGACCCCGCCACCGCCGCCGCAGCCGCCGCCUACUACCAUCCCUCCUACCUGCCACAUCCCUCCUUCGCCCCCUACAGGAUGGAUGAUCCAUUCUGUCUAUCAGCUCUGAGGUCACCAUUCUACCAUCUCCAAGGAGGGGGAGGCCUGCCCCCCCUGCACCCCUCUGCUGUCCACAUGCACCUGCAGGGGGUCCGCUACCCUGGGGACCUCACACACGCCUCACUGUCCGCUCUGCAGUCUGAGAGACUGUCUGAAAGGCUCCAGAUGGAAGAUGAGCUCCGGCAGCGAGAGAGGGAGCGCGAGCGUGAACGAGAGCGCGAGAAAGAGAGGGAGCGUGAGGCAGAGCGAGAGAAGGAGCGGGAGAGAGAAAGAGAGAGGGAGCGAGAAAGAGAGAAGGAGCUGGAGCGGGAGAGAGAGCGUGAGCGGGAGAGGGAGCGGGAGAGAGAGAAGGAGCGAGAGAGAGAGAGGGAGAUGGAGAGGCAGAAGGAGAGGCAGAAGGAGAGAGUGAUGAGAGAGAAGGAGCUACAGUCUAAGGUGAUGGAGAGUCACUACCUGGCUGAGCUCCAUGCCAUGAGAGGACAGGAGGACAGAACCAAGCCUGAGAGACUCACCCCCAACCGGUCAGACAAAACCAAAGAGCCAGCCCUCCAAGCUCCUAAGCCAAUGCCACCAGGCCUCCACUCCUCCCUGAGCCAAUCACAUCACGGCGUUCCCGGCCUGGUCUCCGCCCAUGGCCUCUACCUGGGGCCCGGCGGUGUGGGGGUGGGGCUCACCGCCGCCAUGAUGCUCCAGCGGACCAAUGAGGAAGAGCGCUGGUUGGCGCGGCAACGGAUGCUUCGCCAGGAGAAGGAGGAUCGUCAGUACCAGGUGUCAGAGUUCAGACAGCAGGUCUUAGAGCAACACCUGGACUUGGGACGACCUGGGGAGGGAGGAGAGCUACGCUCAGACACACACAGAUCCAUACCAAAUCAUCAUGAACCGGGUGGCCGUGACCUCCACCCCCACCUGGGCGCCCCUCCCCCCCUCAUCUCUCCCAAACCCCUCCAGUCGCGCGACCACCCACCCCCUCCCCCCACCACCCUGUGGAACCCCGCCUCCCUCAUCGAUACCGCCUCGGACUCACGACGCACCACCCACCACGACCCUCCAGGCUUGGGCCACUACGACCUCAGCCGCUUGCCUCCCAAACUGGAGGAUGGGCUCCGGAGGGGCAGGGACCGGGACGGGGGCCUGGAGAAGUACCACCCCCCACUCCGAGGCCCCUCGGGGCUGCCUGAGCCCAGCACCUUCCUGGCAGAGCUGGAGAAAUCCACCCAGACCUUCUUCAGCCAGCAGAGGGCCUCGCUGUCCCUGCCCAGCCAGUAUGGAGAGCUGGGGGGAGGGAUGAAGAACAGCGGGGCCCUGAAGAGCCUCCAAGGGCCCUCAGGGAUGGGGAGACAAAGCCAGGCCCAGGGACACAGUCUGGGCCAGGGAAUGGGGCCUGAGUCUGGCCUAAUGUAUGAUGAGUUUCUCCAGCAGCACCGUAGGCCUGUCAGUAAACUGGACCUGGAGGAGAGGAGGAGGAGAGAGGCCAGGGAAAAAGGUUACUACUAUGAGCUGGAUGACUCGUAUGAUGAGAGUGAUGAGGAGGAGGUCAGGGCUCACCUCAGGAGGGUAGCAGGGCAGCCCCCUCUCAAACUGGACGACUCCACAGAGAAAGUGGACUUCCUGUGUGUGUUUGGUCUGACCACGGUGUCACGACGUGACCACCUGGUGCAGCAGAAGAGGAGGAAGAGGAGGAGGAUGCUGAGGAGCGCAGCCCCUCGCCCCGGCUGUUCUGUCUAAACGCACCCCUCCUCCCCCGGCCCCCUCAGCACCCACUUCACCCCAGAGGAGAUGGACAGAGCCCCCGAACUGGAAGACAAGAAACGCUUCCUCACCAUGUUCAGCCUGUCCCACGUCUCUGUACAGCAGAGGAGAGAUAAUGAGACAGUGGUAGAGUUGCUUCAGGCCAUUAAACAGAAGAGCGUAACCUUGGAUACCAUUAGACAUGCCCGUCACCCCCUAUGUAAGACCCCCCCAGCACAGAACUCAGAUCCUGCCUCAGCGCUUUCCAGCGAAUCAGAUGAGCCACUCAGUGUCAGUCCCUCCUCCCCCGGCGGACUCCUGAGGCAGCCUAAACCCCCCUCCUCCUCUGACGCACUGAGACCAAAGGACCCCCCUCCUCCACUCCCCUACCUGGAAAAGACCCGUGGGCUCCCUGAAGGCCCCCCCUCCAAGAGGAGCUCGUCGUCCAGCCUGCUGAAUAGCCUGCGGCCCUCCGUGCAGCCUAAAGAUGCUCCCCCCAGCCUGAACGGCCGGACCAAGCCCUGGGAGAGCUUUACUGCUGAAGAGUUUUCCCAGCAGUUCCACGAGUCCGUCCUCCAGUCCACACAGAAGGCCCUGCAGAAGCACAAAGGUGGAGCCACAGUGAUCUCAGCGCCCUCUCACCUCCAGGACUCCUCAGUGCACUACAACAUUCCAGAGCUGCAGAGCGCCCCCAGUCGGCCGCCCCCGCCACACACACACCCUCACACACACUCCAUCCAACACCCGCACCCACACUCCAUCCAACACCCACACUCACACGCGCACCCGCUCCCCCAGCCCAAUGGUCAGCACUGCCCCCCGCAACCCCACCGAGAGCCCCCAGGAGCGAGGGAGGAGCAGUCUGCACCAGAAGACUCAGAAGAAGAGGAGGAAGAGGAGGAAGAGGAGGCCCCAGUACCCAGGUGGCAGGGGAUUGAAGCGAUCUUUGAAGCCUAUCAGGAAUACAUUGAAGAGCAAGGUGUGGAGCGCCAGGUGCUGCAGAGCCAGUGUCGGAGACUGGAGAACCAGCACUACAACCUGAGCCUGACAGCAGAGCAGCUCUCCCACAGCAUGGGGGAGUUGAUGUCUCAGAGACAGAAGCUGGCGGUGGAGAGGGAGAAGUUACAGGCCGAGUUGGAGCACUUCAGGAAGUGUCUGACGCUGCCGCAGCCCCACUGGGCCAGGGGAGGGCACUACAAGGGUUACCCCCCCAGGUGACAGCCCCACUGGGGCAGGGGAGGGCACUACAAGGGUUACCCCCCCAGGUGACAGCUCCACUGGGCCAGGGGAGGGCACUACAAGGGUUACCCCCCCCCAGGUGACAGCUCCACAGGAGAGAGGGAUGAAUUAAUGGAUUCAUUGAUAGAUGGAUGGGGCUGCUGCCAGCCUGCCAGGGACGGUGCCACCAGCCAGUGGUCUGUGAUAACCCUGGGGUCAGAGGGAGCAACAGGCACGUCACACACGGGGCAAAGCUCUAGGGCGGCAUGGUCAACACACACACACAAACAUACAGAGGAACACACUCACACCAUUCUCUUCAGCAGGCACCAGUUACUCUCUUACAUUGCAGUCCCAGCCCCAUCCUGGGCUCCCCUCACUGCCACGCCCACACAGACAAUCCUGUAAUCGGAGAGCAGCUCAGCCCUGGAAUGGGUGUGAUCACGUGACAGAGCGCCAUCUACCACCAAUCCAAUGCCCCUACCUCUGGCCAAUCGGACAGGACUGAACCUCCCAGCAUCUCUCCUGGUGGCAGGUCAGGCCAGCUUUCAAACUUGAAAUGCACUUAAAGAGAAAGACCUGAAGAACUACCUGGUGGUACUGUGUUACGACAAAGAACUGUUCAAAUUAGGGAAGAACUUACAAAAUGCACAUUUUGGAAUGAAUAAAGGAAAUGUUUUAUUUCGAGAUGAGAAUAAGAAUUUAAAAGGUGCUUCAGCCUUGUAUUGUAAAUAAUAUUAAGACUAAAAAUAAUUUUGUAUGUUUUUAUUACUUUAAUCAUUGUUCUUUUAAGAAGAAGAAAAUAAGCCUGCCAUUUUUUUUAUAUGUUCAUGCUUUUUUGGGUGAAACAGAAAGCUUUGCUUUUAGUGUUUGUUCUGCUGCUGGUCAGAACUGCCCUGUUCAGAGGUGUAGAUGGAAGGAGAAAAGGAGAGAGAACAUGCUCCUCUUCUCCUCUCCCCCUUUGACCCAGCCAUGUGUGCUGCCGUAGCAGCAGCCUGAGCUCCAGCCACAGCCCUCCCUCCCCUGGCCUCCAGGCCCCGUAAGGCUCACUGAGAUGGGGGUAAGACCUAACUCCAGGCCCCACAGGCCUCCCAGAUCCAUGCACUCCAUCAGAACACCAGGCCCACAGAGAACCCCUCCUGUCAGGAACAGCGUGUUUUACCACACUCCCUGUGUGAGUAGUUACCCAUGGGAAAUAGUGAGUGACAGCUACAGUUACAAUGUCAUCCUUUAUUUCUCUCUCUCCUUUUUCCCCCUUCAGCUCCAGUCCAGGGAUGGGCGCUGAGUAGAACUGUUAACUGAUAACUAGACCCAUCUCUCUGGACCUUAUCAUUAAGCACAAGGGGCACAACACCCAUUAUGAAGAGACAUUCAUAUCACUAAACCCACAGAGAGGAGGGAACAAUGCAGACAAUACCACGUCAAGAUUAUUCUCCUUUGUGUUUGCCAUAAAAGGAAAUAGUGCCAAAAAGUAGCCCUCCCUCACACAAAAUAUCAUGAGACUUUUAAACCUCCAAAUAGAGUAAUUAAAAUAACUCCCUGAAUUGAAAUGGCCAACCCACUUCUAAACAUAUUAUAUUACUACAUUUAUCCCACUUAUCAUAAUGUCAAAGCCCUUGCCAACAAUUGGUUAAUGGACAAUUGUUUUUCACUUGAGGGCCCUCAAAUCCAAAGUCUAUUAAAGGUUCUCUUUUGCCAAGUCUAUGAAUCAUUGCCCUGCCCUGCACUGUGCAUCUAUAGUGUGUGUUUUCAAGCCUGCAACAGUGUCCACCUCACUGCUGGCCAUAGCGGUCUCCUGUGCCUCAGUACCCCUGUUCCCCAGUCUGUCUAUUCCCCUACCUUCCUUCUGUGGGAGUGUCUGGCCUUUUAGCCUUGCAGGAGGACCUCCGGCAGCAUAUAUCGCAAUGCAGCAUGGGUAUUGUAGUGCUGUCAGUCAGAGUUGACAAGGCUUUGAGUAUGUAGUCCUAAAGGGGUUCUGUUUGAACUCCAGUCUGAUGCUGUGGAUGUGAGAUGACAGGGAGGGGAGGGUGGCUGCAGGUCUGGUCCCUACAUCCCUCUUUGUUCCACUCCUGGUGAGCUCUCAGAGAAACACCCAGUUAGGGAGGCGGAACCAUGUUUACAGACCAGAGCAGAGCUACGAUAGGAGCACCACUUGUCAAUCAAACAGCAAGCGCUACCACUGAGUUAAGCAGCCAAUGAGUUAGCGGGAGGACGUUAGGCCCUUCCCCAGAGCCUCCUUACUCUACUACGCACGCACACGCAAUAGGCCCCUGACUCUAUGGAGGAUGUCUAGACUCUAGAUGCUGUGAAACUCUGAUUUUUAAAAUGUACUUGUUUGAAUUAAUUGUAAUGUAAUAUAUUAUUUGUUGAAUGUAGUAAUUAGGUAUUUAUGAAUAUAUUGCUGUAAUUUCAGACAAAAAAAUAAAAGAAAAUAUUUCAAAAAUGUA